UGUGUAUGAAGCUGAGCUCCUGAGCUCGUGCAUCUCCCGGCUCUGCUCCGCUCCGUCUCGCUUUCUCGCCGGAUUUGAUGGAUGCAUGAUCGGGAGGUGAUGCCCAUUUAUGUCAUCGAUCGCAAAUUUCCAGACACACCUGAACCCGUCCUUCAUGUGCUGUACAGCUGCUGACUGAGCGAACUGAAGAUACGGGACGCUUCUCCUGCUGCUCCGUUCAGGAACAGAACAAACACCUGAUAAAAUCCCUCCAAACCCAACGAAGCUUCAUCUGCAUUUUAGCACUCGAUUCACAGUCCUGUAGCGAUUUAUAAACUUAGAAUGAAAUCGGGUCAUCUUUAAUUAUAGAGCACAAUGAAAGAAAAGCAAUCUGGGAAGCAAUACAAAAUGAGUGAAAUGAGAAGAGAGGAGAAAAUACGAUACUGAAGACUUUAAAAAGACGCACUGAACAGAACACAGCAGCAACAGAGACUUUGCCAUUUCCUUACAUGCAGUGGAUGUUUUUCACAGCUUGACUUCAAUUUUAACCCCUUAUUACCUCAGGUGAAUUGCCACAGGCUGCUCCAGAAGGACAGCACACAAUGGCGGAAAACAACCUUCAAAAGAAGAAAUCUCGAUGGACGUCGUUGGAGAUAGGCCUCCUGACCAUCGUCUCGCUGCUUUUCGUAGUCGUCCUAGCCCUCAUCAUCCUCUUCCUUACACACAGCAGUAGCAGCAAAAGUGAUGGAGUUUGCACUACAGCUGACUGCACACGGUCGGCAUCUCGCCUCAUUGAGAACAUGGAUCCUACAGUAAACCCAUGUGAAAACUUCUACCAGUACGCCUGCGGAGGCUGGCUGAAAAAGAACAUCAUCCCUGAAACCAGCUCACGCUACAGCACCUUCGACAUCCUCCGGGACGAACUGGAGGUUGUGCUUAAAGGUGUGCUGGAGAAAGAUGAUAACCUGAGUGGUAGCAGCUCUUUAGCCAAAGCCAAAACCCUCUACAGGUCUUGCAUCAAUGAAAGUCUCAUUGAACAGAGAGGUGGAUUGCCUCUGAUCUCAAUGCUGCCGGAUGUCUUCGACUGGCCCAUUGCAGUAGACAACUGGGACACCAUAUUUGGGGUCAACUGGAGGGCAGAAGAUGCCAUAGCCAGACUGAACGAGAAAUACGGGAAGCAAGUAUUAAUUAGCUUUUUUAUCGGCACAGAUGACCGAGACUCCAAUUCCCAUAUCAUUCAUUUUGACCAGCCAAGCCUUGGCCUGCCCUCCAGAGACUACUAUGCCUGCACGGGGCCCUAUGAAGAGGCCUGUGUCACAUAUAAGAACUUCAUGGUUGAUCUCGCUGUGCUGGUGCGUAAUGACAGAGGCUUGGAGGUGAACGAGACAGAAAUCAGAGAUGAGGUGAAUCGAGUGAUGCAGAUGGAGAAGGAAAUCUCGGAUGCUACCGACACACCAGAAGACAGAAACAAUCCUGUUCUCCUCUAUAACAAGAUGCCCCUGGAGACCCUCAACACUAACUUCACACUUGAGUUCGAGAAAACAGUUUUUAACUGGACUCAUUUUACUAAUAAGAUUAUGGAUACAAUCAACCUUCCCAUUGAGGACAGUGAACAAGUGAUCCUUUAUGCCCCUAACUACUUGAAGAGGCUCAACCCUGUCCUGGCGAAGUACACAAAGAGAGAUGUCCAGAACUACAUUGUGUGGCGUUUCGCUAUGAACAUGGUGGUUGGCCUGAGCAGAGCGUACAGAGACACCAGGAAAGCUUUUAAAAAAGCCAUUUCUGGUACCAGUACAGAGGCAGCGAUAUGGAGGCAGUGUGCGGUCUAUGUCAACAACAACAUGGACAAUGCUGUUGGUAGACUGUAUGUAGAAGAAGCCUUUGCUGGAGACAGCAAGGACAUGAUGGACGAGAUGAUCGCUGGCAUCAGAGAGGUGUUUGUGAAUAACCUACAAGACCUAUCCUGGAUGGAUGAUGAAACCCGGAAAUCUGCGGAGGAGAAGGCCCGAGCUAUUCGAGAGAGAAUCGGCUUCUCGGAAAACAUCAUGAACAAUACGUAUUUGGACGAGGAGUACAAAGAACUAAACUACAGUCCAGAGCAAUACUUCGAGAACAUCCUUAAAAAUCUGGAGUUCGGUCAGAAGAAACGGCUGAAGAGGUUGAGGGUGAAAGUGAACAAGGAAGAGUGGAUCUCGGGAGCAGCGGUAGUCAACGCGUUCUAUUCAUCCAGCAGAAAUCAAAUAGUAUUUCCUGCCGGUAUUCUCCAGCCUCCUUUCUUUGGUAAAGGACAGCCCUGGUCCCUCAACUAUGGUGGCAUUGGCAUGGUGAUUGGCCAUGAGAUCACUCAUGGCUUUGAUGAUAACGGUCGUAACUUUGAUAAAGACGGAGACCUGAAGGACUGGUGGACUCCAUCCUCAACACAGAAGUUCCAGGAACUCUCAAAAUGUAUUGUGGACCAGUACAGCAGCUUCUCCUGGGACCUGGCCAAUGGACAAAACCUGAAUGGAAAUAACACGCUUGGGGAGAAUAUAGCAGACAAUGGGGGCAUUCGCCAGUCUUAUCAAGCAUACCAGAACUACAUCAAGAAGCACGGAAAGGAAGAUCCAUUGCCUGGAAUUGAUCUUAACCAUGAGCAACUCUUCUUCUUAAACUUUGCUCAGGUCUGGUGUGGAACGCAUCGACCUGAACACGCCGUCAACUCCAUUAAAACGGACGUCCACAGUCCAGGGAAAUUCAGGGUUCUCGGAUCUUUGCAGAACUUCCCAGAGUUUGCCAAAGCUUUCAAGUGCCAGAAAAAUGACUACAUGGUGCCUGGAAAGACGUGCCAAGUGUGGUGAUGAUGCCACCUCCAGGGACAAUAAGGGCAUUUAACGAGCCCUGAAUUCUCAGUUCUGACUGUAGGACCGCUUUGGUCCCAGACUGGGAACAUCUGAUGUUCUCCACAGGGUAGACUGUCUUCAGCCGAUGCAUUUCAAUCAUGUACAGACAUGGGGUGCUUCCUUAGGUCCACUCCUACAUGUCAAUUAAUCAGUAAAUUUUAGUCUGAACAGAUCAUCAUGUGAUCUGUGGUGAUCUUAUUGUUUAUAACAAGGAGAAAUGUAAAGGUAUUGUCAUAUAUUUAAAACUUUUUAUGUUAAUAUCAAAUCAAACUGUGAAUCGGGGAGAUCAGUAGCAUUUUGUAUGUUAAAGAUGUAUCUCUAUACGUUUAAACGCGGCAACUUUAAUACACUUUGGUUAGAUGAUAUUUGUAAUAUUUUACAAAAGAAAAAAAAAACACAUACUGGGCUGAGAAAGGCAGAAAUGUUAAAGAAGUAUAAAGGUAUAUUAAAUGUAGGGUAACGUUACAGGUUUUACAGUAUUAGAAAUCACAAAUUUUUGAAACAUUAUAUUAAUAUGGCUUAGAUUGCACUGGAGGUUAUACUGAGAAUAAUGCAUCAUUUGGGAAAUUUGUUGAAAGGCUACAGGUUUAUAAUAAAUAAAGUCACUGAUCUGAUGAUUUUACAAGAGCUUGGUAUAUCAUGGUGCAAGCACUCGGCAGAUAUUUUGAGAUCUGAUGCUGUAUGAUGAUUUGAUAUGAUGAUGUCUAAUAUGCCAAGGUGUAUGGAUUGUGUGUUUGGAAAUGAGGUGUGUGUGUUAAAGAGUGUGACAAAUCAUUCUACAUACUGACCGCCAAUGCCAUCAAUGAGAGACUGCCUUAAGAUAAUCCAGUGUAAGCAUUUUUCUUUUAUGUUCAGCGUAAUCGACAAAAACACCUGCUACUUAUGCCAAAGACGCGACAAAAAAUACUAUCACCCUGUGACCUUGUGCAAACUGUUAUAUUUUUAAGAAAAGCAAAAUGUUAACAUUAGUAGGACUGUAUGUCAUCAGGUAUGGUUAACUCUAUAGUGGCUUGUUUCUGAGUUGUAGAAAAUAUACAGUACAGUGUAAAAGUCUUAGGUGCCAUAUGUUUUUUUAGAUAUAUUUUGAUUGAGAGCUACUGUAUAUCUAUAUAUAUAUAUAUAUAUAUAUAUAUAUAUAUAUAUAUAUAUAUAUAUAUAUAUAUAUAUUAUACCACAGCUCUGUUGAAUUCUCAUUAGGUGUUGAUCUAUGAAUCUAUGAAAAAUCAGAGAUUUAUAUUUGUAUCAGAAAUGCUCCAAACUGUAGAAUCACUCUAGAACUGAUCUACUGAAGUGAGAUUUAAGAAACAUUAUAAAGGGAGUCUCCAGUGUCCAGUAAUAUCUAUAGGACAUUUUUUAUUUAUGCAUCAACCUGCAUUUUUUAAAAAAAUAACAAUAAACAACAACAACAACUUUUAUAGCUACAAUAAUUCUGAUAACAAGAACAAACCUGUCACGAUUCGAUACGUAUGAAAUGUCAGCAUAUAGACGAUUAAUUUGCUGUGGUAUAAAAGGAAUAAUACACUUUUAUGGGAGACAUUUCAGUGGUGACAGGAAAUCUGCUGAAAUAUAGCCACUUUGUUUGGUUUUACUUCCAGAAAUAAGUCUGAUGAAGCACUGCGUCUCUUACACGCAGGAACAAGUUACCGGCUGAUUUCUAACCAUUAAAACCAUUUAAUGUGCAAUUUUCAAAGCAAAGCCAGGUCAUGCUAAAUAUGAAUUGGGUUUAGUUUAUUACUAUUUAGUUUACAUUCUAGUUAUUUUUAUAUAUUUAGAUACAUUUCAUUCCUUUACCUUUGAAGGCAUUUUUUUUUUUUUUUUACAUGUGCCUAAGACAUUUGUGCAGCGCUUUAUAUUCCCCAGCUAUUUCUGCAAGUUUUGGGCUUCUGUUAUUGACAAGCUAUGAAUAAUUAAUCACUGGAUUUCUGACUGAAAACUUUGUAUGUUACAGAUGAACACAACAACAACAAAAACAACUAUGGGUUAAAACCUGACAACAAACUAAACCUUGAAAGUGAUUUUUUUUUUUCUUUGUUCAUUUGAGAGCCUCAGUUUUCCUCCAUGUAGUUUUGCUUCACUGCUUUUGACUAGGCGAACAGUUGCGCCUUGCUCCGAAGAAAUCCAUCUCAACUUGUACCCAUGCAGACAGAUAUACCUCAGAUGCCUGUAUUUAGAUACUUUGUAAUAUUAUAAGAGCAUAUUAAAGAGCAGAAAUUGUUUAAUUAAUAAAUUGGCGAUGUUAAAAAAAAA